GAAAGAGCAGUGCAGGUGCGGUUUCUCCUCAUGAAAGUUUAAUGUGACGCUCUGCCAGUAAACAGCAGCUCCACCAUCCAGAGGAUGAUGUCAGAGGCGGAGCUGAGUGCAGAGCGGCGAAUCGAUUAUCGAUCAGAGCUGCAGGACAUCAGAGGCUCAGCAGAUGUUACAUAAGCAGCUGUUGAUCAGCCUGUUGGAGGGAAGCAGCUGCAGGUUGGAGCUCUGGUACCUCACUGCUGCAGCUGAGUGGACUUUCCUGGAAAAUAAAGGAAGUCACCCUAGCGAUGCCGGGGACUCUUCCCAGCUUUCCCAGCCUGCCUCGAGGGGUAACGGUGCCGGUUCUGCUCGGCUCUUUGCCCCGAGGCGUGAACCCUCCCAGUCUGCCCAGAGGGAUCACCAUGCCAAGUCUGCCCACUCUGCCCAGCUUCCCCAGCUUUCACCAAGGCAUCACCAUACCCAGCCUGCCCAGGGGAGUGACUCUUCCCAGGUUUGUCACCAUGCCAACCCUCCCAGAGGCUCCACGACGGCUCCUGCAGGACUGCUGCUCCAUGUUUGAUCACCAGAAAUCUGGAGGUGUGUGUGGCUGCUUCUGGGCACUGCGCCCUCGCUACAAACGGCUGGUCGACAACAUUUUCCCUGAAGACCCAGAGGAUGGUCUGGUGAAGGCCAACAUGGAGAAGCUGACCUUCUUUGCUCUGUCAGCUCCAGAGAAACUGGACAGAAUCGCUGCGUACCUGUCGGAGCGUCUAACCAGAGAGCUGAACCGCCACCGUUAUGGGUAUGUCUGUAUAGCGCUCGAGGCAAUAGAGCAGCUGCUGCUGGCCUGUCACUGCCAAAGCAUCAACCUGCUGGUGGAGAGUUUCCUCAGCACCCUGCGUCUGCUACUGGAGGCUGAGAAAGCACACCUGCACAUCCUGGCCACCAACUCUUUUGUGAAGUUUGCGAACAUCGAGGAGGACACUCCUUCAUAUCAUCGCAGCUACGACUUCUUCGUGUCUCGGUUCAGUGAAAUGUGUCACUCUGACCACGAAGACCCCGACACAAAAAUCAAGAUCCGUGUGUCGGGGAUCCGUGGCCUGCAGGGCGUCGUUAGGAAGACGGUGGACGAUGAGCUGCAGGUGAACAUCUGGGAGCCUCGUCACAUGGAGCAGAUUGUCCCCGCCCUGCUGGUCAACCUGGAGCACUCACACAGCAACAGCGGUUCUCCUGCAGAACAGACAGAGGUGUGUUUCAGAGAGCUGCUGGGUCGAGCUGCCUAUGGUCACAUCAACAACGCCAUCAAACCUGUGCUCAUGCACCUGGACAGCCACAGUCUGUGGGAAGGAGGAGGAUUUGCUGUUCGUUGUUUUCAGAUCAUCAUGUUCUCCAUUCAGUCCCAGCACUCCCAUCUGGUCAUCCAGCAGCUGUUGGGUCAUCUGGAUGCCAACAGCAGAAGUCCAGCGUCGAUCAGAGCCGGAAUCGUGGAGGUUCUGUCUGAAGCUGCUGUUAUAGAAGCCACAGGAUCUGUAGGUCCCACCGUGUUGGAAGUGUUCAACACUUUACUGCGACAGCUCAGGCUGAGCGUCGACUACCAGCUGACUGGUUACUAUGACAACGCGGGCAAACAAAUGACCACAUCAGCUCAGGAAAAAACCCUGCAGGACGCAGUCAUCAAAACCAUCGGAUCCUUUGCCAACACGCUUCCUGUCUACCAGAGGUCAGAGGUCAUGCUGUUCAUCAUGGGGAAAAUUCCUGUUCCUGGCAUCUAUCCUGCGCUGGGCUCUCCGAACGCCGGGUUUGAAGGCAGCAGGAUGAUCCAGGUGAUGCUGCUAAAGUCUCUACUGCAGGUUUCGGAGCGUUACGAGAGCAGCAACCUGCUGACAGCACUGCCCUCCUCAUUCCUGGAGCCUCUGCUUUCCUUCACCCUAAUGGAGGAUCCAGAGAUUCGGCUGCUGGUUCUGUCCAUCCUCACUUCGCUCAUCGACCGUCGGCAGAACGCAGCGAGGAUCACCAAAGUCAGUGUGACUUUUGAUGUGUCGGUUUUGGAGCAGAAGGAGGACAGAUGCUCCCGACAGGACAACCUGUUCAUUAGGAAGCAUGCUCAGCGUCUCUAUAGACAUGUCUACCUGGCCUGUAAGGAGGAGAACAAUGGGCCGGACCACUACAAGGCGCUCUUCAGCCUGCUGGCUGUACUUAGUGUAGAACUAGUUAACGAGGAGGUACUGGUGGACCUGAUCCGACUGAUCCUGGCUCUGCAGGAACUGGGCAUGUCCAAUCAGGAGAAUCUCUCUGUUUUUAACCGCUGCAGUCUUCAUGCCAUCUGCGCCGCCUCCCUCCAUCUUCUGUCACAACUAGGCCUGCCUCCAUCUCUCAAUCACCAUGUCACUCAGGUUAUAGAAAGUCGUCAGAAGGACCAACCACAACUGCUGCCUGAAAACAUCCUGUGUGACCAACCCAGGCUUCCAAAGGAAGAUCUGAGGGUGGACAAAGCUUUUCUGUUUGUUCAGUCCAAGAUCUGCGAUGCACUGACAGGAAGCAGCUACAGUGCACAAUGUGAAUGCCUGAACACACCGUACACACCUCAGCUGGCAGAUGAAGAUCGUCUGUCCAGGAAGAUAAGUACCGCAGACACCGUCUCUCUCCAGAUAGCCAUAGACCAUGAGUCCAGUUCUGAUCCUCAGAAACCUCCGACUGAGCAGAUCACCUUUGAGACGCUGAAGAACACCAUUGAGGAUAGAGGACCUGUGGAGGAGGAGGAAAGGAGGAAGAGGAUGCAGGUGGUGGAGAGGUUUCAGACGGCUCCUUUUGAGGAAAUAGCAGCUCUCUGUGGAUCCAGGACCUCAUUGCUUCAGUCCAAACUAGAUCAGGUCUUUGAUCUGAUUGUUCGUCCUCCUCCGUCUCCAUCUGGACAAUCGUCUCGUCGUUCAACGCCGAUCUAUGAGAUGAAGUUUCCUGACCUCUGUGUGUAUUAGAGACUCAACAGGAUGACCUGGAUCAUUAUGAAGCAUCUGAUGAUGUGUUCAAGGAACAGAGGACAGAACAACUGAGGACUGGAAACAUGUAACAUGAGUCAUGUUUUGUGUUCAUAGAAGACGUUUUUCUCAGUGGCUGUUUUGUUCCUCUGAGAAAGAUUUAGUUUUUGUGUUGAUCUCAGUAUUUCCCAGUUUUAUGUUUCAUUUUGUUGUGAUUCUUGAAGUGUGAUUGUCAAAAAGAAAACUUCAUUUUAAAUCAUGUUGAACUAAUUUAACUUUAACUGUCCUUUUAUUUGGUUUUGUCCCUAAACUUUAAACCAACUCUUUAUUUUCCUCUCCAGGCUGCAGAGUCUGCUGAUAUAAACAUGCAUCAUGCAUUCAUGUUUUUCCUGAUAAACUGUGUAAAAUAAUGUGCACUACAUGUGGCAUCCCUGCUACUUCACACUUUGAGCUUGUUAAAUGUUUGAAGCUAAAUAUUUCUAGGAUAAAAGACAUCAUCUGGCAGAUUAGCUCAGAUUGCUUCAGAACUCUUACAUUAUGAAAUGCAAAUGUGAAUAAGCCAACAGCUCAGUGUGAUGGACUAAGGUACAGAGAAUGUUUAGUGUCCUUGGCUGUGGCUUUAGGAAACAACAGCAAAGUGUCUGGUUGGAUACCUCAAGGUGUUUGCUCAGAGUUCCGAGAUGUUCUGGGGAUCAAGACUGAGAAGGUCCAUGUUUUUAAAAACCAAAACUAAACAAUUGAGAAACUUUGAACAACAUUUCAAAUAGUUUAAUCAGUGUGAGCCAAUAGCUCAACAUGAUAGACCGUAGGGUGGAGAUUUGAGAAAGUCUGGGUUCACCUUCUCAUAAGGAACCUUUUAGGAGCCGAUUUGUUGUGAAGAACCUCAGAGUCUGUAUUUUGAGGAGUUCAGGGUUCAAAAUGAAAAGUUGAAAAGCGCCAAGAGAAGAGAGAUGAGAGGGUAGCAGAUCUGAUGGUGUGGUUGACCUGUCUGUGACCAGAAGAUGCCAGUGGCGGAGUUCCUGGGUUCAAGUCCUGCCUGAGCUACAACAUGGAGAGAAGAUCUAGUCCUGCUGCAGAGAGUGUGUGAGGGGGCCGUGUCUCCUCCCCGGCUUCUCAGGAGGUAAAUGGAUGAGGUUAUGAGCUUCUAAACAACACAGGAUCAAUAUUUUAUUACACACUCUGGAUCUUCUGCACUGACACACUUUCACUGCUUGGACCUGAUUCCUUUUGGCUAAACUACACUUUGAUACCAGUGACUUUAAACCUGAAACUGUAUUAAACUCACUGGGAAUGUAGAGUUCUACUGGGAGAACAACAGGAACAACUUUGGACCUGAGUAGAACCUGCUGCUGCUUUCUUUCUUCAGCUUCUGGACCUCCCCAUCAAAAUGCUUCAAAGCUGGAUUCAAAUCUAAUUUUCUUACAUGGAGACUCUAAAACAGAUCAUCCAGAUUGGUUCAACACCAACAUCUGAUCUGAGUUUCAGCAGAAACUUACAAAACAUCUCAGCAUCAGCAUCUGGAGAACAACAUGCUAAAUUCAGCUAAACUGCUGAAAGAAGUUCAACCAACCUUCAGAAACUCAACAUCUCAGCUGAACUCAAGUCUCUGAAGACAGUCAAACAUCUUCAAGCAGUUCAAACCAGUUAGCAUGUUCUCCUCCACAUGCUAACACCAACAUGUUGUGGAAGUUCUUCAGCAAACAGAUCAAACUCCAAAGCUGAGCUAGAAGAACCUUGGAUCUAAAUGACCUCAGUUAGUGUUUCAAUGCAACAAACUUUCAUUUGAAUCCAACAUUUAAACCAAUCUCAUUGAGCUCAUCCAGAAGUUGGAGAACCAAAGCAGCAGUUUCAGGUUUCCUCACAUCUAAACCUUCUCCUCUUCCUCACCAUCUGAACUCCACAUUCACAGUCACAUUAAUACAGUUACAGAUUUAAAGUCUGAUUGAUAUCAAAGUGCAGUUACCCAAAUGUUGGCUCCAUGUGCUUCCUCCAUCCAAACCAGCUCAGGUGAAAGGUCAGACUGUCAAACAGGAAGUGAAGGCUUCCACUUCCUUUUAUAGGGCGGGGCCAGGCAGCCUCCACUAACAGGGUGGGGUGAUGUAGUUUGAAAUCACUCCAGAUGACAAUCAUCGUCUCUCUUGUGAUCCACUAACAGGAUGGUAU